AUGAUUGACAGAGGAAGCAUCUGUGGCUUCACCGUGGUCACAGGUGGGGCUGCUCGCCUUGUCUUUGGCUACGACAGCUACGGAAACACCUGCGGUCGACGCAACGAACACAUCGAAGGAGUCAGACUGAGCGGCCUCGACCACACGGACAGGAAGUAUGUUUUCUUUCUGGAUCCUUGUAACAUCGACAUCGUCCAGAGGAAGAUCCGCUCCAUCGCUUUGUGCGUCUCCCUGUGUCCUCGGCACGAACUCGGGACAUACAGUGACCUCAAGACUUUCGCCAUGGUCAAUGGGUCAGAGUUGUGCUCAUAUGAGCUGGCGGCCCACAAAUAUGCCGUUCUACCUGAGAGGUUCAACAAGUGUCCCAAACUUCCUGUUCCACCGAGUAAACCGCUGCCCGUAUUUAACCGCUGCACGCCACUGGAUGUUUCCUGUUACACAAAGUUUGCCGAGGCAGUGGUGACGUUUGUGGGUGACAACAGUUCCCUGCACCGCCUGAUCGCAGGCGUCGCCGCCAGUAAAGAAAUCAUCGUGGGCCUGUGUGUCCUCGCGCUCGUCCUGUCCAUGAUCCUGACGAUCAUCGUCCGUUUCAUCUCCACUGUGCUUGUCUGGAUCCUCACGUCGCUGCUGGUGCUCGGUUCACUGGCGGGAAGCAGCGUCCUCUGGUGGCUUUACAUCGACCAUCGCCUGAACAGAAAUGAUACGUCUACAAAAGUAACCAAGGAAACAAAGGAGGAGGCGGAGCUGAGCAGAGAUGGCGGUCAGGCACUGCUCGUCUAUGCUGCCGCCGCCACCGUCUUCACCGUACGUCCUGGUUUGAGCUCUGUGUUUGGCCGGUUCCCACUGACAUCAACUCAGUGUGAACUCUCGGUGUGAACUCUACGUAUGAACUCUCGGUGUGAACUUUCGGUGAAGUCUGUGAAUUUGGUGUGAACUCAGUGUGAAAUCUCGGUGUGAACUCUACGUAUGAGCUCAGUAUGAACUCGGUGUGAACUCUCGGUAUUAACUCUAGGCGUGAACUCUCGGUAUGAACUCUAGGCGUGAACUCUCGGUGUGAACUCAUGGUGUAAACUCGGUGUGAACUCAUGGUG